CCAUCCACGAACUCGCACUCGGCCAUCUUAUGGAGUAGCCGUAUAUAAUUUCCGAAACGAGCUGAAUUCAUUUCAAUUUCGUAUUGAUUUUGGUUUCUUUGCUUCAAUCCAGAGAGAAAGUUGAAGACGCAGCUUAACGAAAGCUACUAUCAAUCAUGGCGGAACCUUCGAUCACCAUGGAGGUUGGAAAUGAUGGCGUUGCUUUGAUCACCAUGUCUAAUCCUCCUGUUAACGCUCUAGCAAGAAGCAUGUUUCCUGCCAUGAAGUCGAAAUUUGAGGAGGCGAUGAGGAGAAAUGAUGUGAAGGCUGUUGUUUUGACUGGCAAAGGAGGAAGGUUCUCUGGUGGGUUUGACAUCAAUGUUUUUGAGAUGAUUCACAAGACUGGGGACACAUCUCUCCUACCUGAUGUAUCUGUUGAUAUUGCAGUCAACACAAUGGAAGAUGCCAAGAAGCCAAUUGUUGCUGCUAUCGAAGGACUUGCUUUGGGGGGAGGGUUAGAGAUGGCUUUGGCAAGCCAUGCACGUAUUGCUGUACCUAAAGUUCAGCUUGGUUUACCAGAGUUGUCGCUUGGAGUAAUUCCAGGGUUUGGAGGUACUCAACGACUUCCCAGACUUAUAGGUCUACCAAAAGCUAUAGAAAUGAUGCUGUUUUCCAAAACAAUCACGUCUGAAGAAGGAGAGAAGCUUGGUCUUAUUGAUGCUGUUGUCAGUCCAAAUGAGUUGAUGAAAGUAGCUAGAAAGUGGGCAUUGGAUAUUGCUGAAAGACGCAAACCAUGGAUUCGUACUCUUCAUAGGACAGACAGAAUUGGGUCUCUGGCUGAAGCUCGAUCAGUGUUAAAAUCGGCUAGAGAGCAGGCAAAAAAGAUAGCGCCAAACACUCCGCAGCAGCUUGCUUGUAUUGAUGUUAUUGAAGAUGGAAUAAUUCAUGGAGGAUAUAGUGGAGUUCUAAAGGAGGAUAAAGUAUUCAGGGAACUUGUAGCAACAGACACUGCAAAAGGUCUUGUUCACGUCUUUUUUUCCCAGCGUUUAAUAUCAAAGGUACCAAAUGUAACUGAUCGUGGCCUUAAACCAAGAAAUGUGAAGAAAGUUGCAAUUAUUGGGGGUGGUUUAAUGGGUUCCGGCAUAGCAACAGCUCUUAUUUUAAGCAACAUCCAUGUUGUUGUUAAGGAAAUCAGUCCUGAAUAUCUUCAAAAGGGUAUAAAAACUAUUGAAGCAAAUCUCCGAGGCCUAGUUGUUAAAGGCAAGCUGACACAAGAUAAGGCAAAUAAAGCUCUUCUGAUUCUUAAAGGUUCAUUGGAUUAUUCAGACUUCAAAGAUGCGGAUAUGGUGAUUGAGGCGGCUGUUGAGAAUGUUCCUCUUAAACAAAAAAUAUUUAGUGAAAUUGAGAAAAUAUGCCCUGCUCACUGCAUAUUGGCAACAAAUACCUCCACUAUCGACCUCAAUCUAGUUGGAGAAAAAACCAGAUCCAUGGAUCGAAUUAUUGGAGCACAUUUUUUCAGCCCUGCUCACGUGAUGCCCCUCCUUGAAAUUGUACGGACAGAAAAGACUUCUCCACAAGUUAUUCUUGAUCUGAUGACUGUCGGGAAAAUCAUAAAGAAGGUUCCUGUUGUUGUGGGAAACUGCACUGGGUUUGCAGUCAAUCGUGCGUUUUUCCCAUAUGUUCAGGCUGCACAAUUUUUGGUUAACUUAGGUGUUGACCUAUUCAGAAUUGACCGGGUGAUCACCAAUUUUGGUCUUCCCUUGGGCCCUUUCCAGCUUCAGGAUUUAAGUGGAUAUGGAGUGGCAACUGCCGUAUGGAAAGAAUUUUCUGCUUCAUUUCCAGAUCGGGUUCUAUUCUCACCUCUUGUUGACCUAAUGAGGAAAAAUGGACGCGACGGUAAAAACAACGGUCGGGGAUACUAUAUUUAUGAGAAAGGAAGCAGACCAAAGCCCGAUCCUUCAAUUUUACCAAUUAUAGAGGAGUCUAGGCGCAUUGCCAACCUUAUGCCCAGUGGAAAGCCUAUUGCAAUUUCUGAUCAGCAAAUUUUGGAAAUGGUACUCUUUCCUGUGGUAAAUGAGGGAUGUCGAGUGGUAGAAGAAGGAAUCGUUGUUAGGCCGUCCGACCUUAAUGUUGCAACUGUUCUUGGAAUGAGCUUUCCUUCCUACCGCGGAGGCCUCCUGUUUUGGGGAGAUUUGGUUGGGCCCAAACAUGUAUAUGCAAGUCUCAAGAAAUGGUCAGAACAAUAUGGUGAUUUCUUCAAGCCCUCCAAGUAUUUAGAAGAAAGAGCAGCUAAAGGCAUACCUUUGGUAAGAUCCCAAUUUCCUUUUCUCAUCCUGCUCGUGGAAGUAAAUCUAAAAUGGUUAAAAUCACAAUAAACCACCUUCUCAAUGAUUUAAAUUCAAUUUUUGAGGAUAUGAAAAUUGUAUUUAAAAAGCGUAAAACUAAAUAUUAGAUUAAUUUUGAUGGACUAAGAGUGUGUUUAGUUUAACUUUUCAAAUGUUUAAUUUAAAAAAAAAAUGAAGAGUUAUUCAAAAUAGUUUUCAAAGUGUAUUUUAAAUUUUUUUUUUUAAUAAAAAAGGUUCAAAUAAAAAUAAAAGAUACCUUUUAUCUUAUUCAAUCAACUACUUCUAAAGACACGUUUUAAUCAACUACUUCUAAAGACACGUUUUAGAGUGAUUACAUAAUAACAGUUAUUAACAACGUGUAAUAUGUACGAAUGAGAUCUCUCUUUCUCUCUCUUAUGAACUGAAACAUUCAUAUCUCUCUUAUGAAUAGAAAACAUGACAUUUUCUUCAUUUUCUUGUAGAGCGAAGCCAAUUCAGAAAAUGCAGCAUCGAGAUCCAAACUCUAAGCAAAUAAGCUUCUUCUUUUUCCUAAUAAUUCUUCCCUUUCUUAGAUCUAGCAAUCGCCCAUUAGGAUAAGCAUCAAGAAGGGCUUUGUAAUGCUUUUUACUUGCUUUGUUAUUUUGUUUUCCAAAUGUUAGGUUUAUGGUUUUCUUUUUCUUUAUUCCUCUUUUUGGUUGGUAAUUCAGUUCAAUGAUGUGUGGGGUGGGGAUUUUGAAAUCUUAUCAUGUGAAGGAUCAUCCAUUGAACUUGAAACUUUGGUAGUGUAUUUAAUCUCUCUAAAAUAAAAAAUAAAAAUAAAUAAGUAGAGGAGGCUAAUAAUUAUAUGGAAA